UGUGUGUGACGCUGCGUGGGGGUGUUCGCCUGAUGUCAUUUGGCAGAAAGGGAGGCUGAGCUAACGGUAGACACACACGGGUGGAAAGCAUAACAAUAACGUUACCGCUUUGCCGUCCACAUCGGGACUUUGUAACGUUAACGGCUCCUCGGGAUUUAAAUACGCAGCGUUAAAUACCGUGCUCACCGUGGUCCAAGGAAGAAGAAGAAGAAGAGGAGGAGGAGGAGGUGAAGCUAACGGACUGAGAGUACCAGAUGCUAUUCCAGCGGAGAAGGAGAACGGGCUCGAAUAAGCGAGAGAGGGUGAUGGGUUCUCGUUUCCCUGACGGCUAACGUUAGAGCUCCGCUAGAAACACGGACACCGCGAAGUGAGGGGAACUUGGUUUGCUUCUUCUCGGCCUCCGUCUGUGUGACAUUGUGACUGAAAUGCUAGCGCAGUCGCGGUCUCGGCCGUCGAGCAGCCUCUGGGCCGCAGCUCGGCACACCGAGCCCGAAUCUGGGAACUAGCUAGCUAGCUACCUGCUAGCCGCAGCUGUACCCGAUGCUGCUGUUGCGGCGGCUGCUGCUGCUAAACGGAUCCGAGAGACAACACAAGCAGUUCAGGGCCCCGGUGCGGAGUGAGCUAUAGUUUUACCGUACUGGACUACAAAGGACAUUUGAGAUGUGAUGCUUUUGUGUGUCGUUUGUGAGCCUUUUGUAGCUGGACGCUCUCGCCUGCUUGACGCGAAGGAGCUAACGUUGCUGCAAAAUGCACAGCAGAACCACAACAGCAGGCUCCUGUUGAAGGGGGCGAGGUUAGACUGAUAACAGCCCACCCUGUGUCUCAACACUCGGGGUCACACUUUGGACAACGAGCAGCACAUUUUUCCACGUUACUCAAACGCGUCGUCAGCUGGCGAUAUGGAUAAACUAACGAUCAUUUCAGGGUGCCUGUUUCUGGCAGCAGAUAUCUUUGCAAUAGCCAGCAUUGCAAACCCAGACUGGAUCAACACUGGUGAAUCAGCAGGUGCCCUUACAGUCGGUCUAGUCCGGCAAUGUCAGACCAUUCACGGACGAGACCGGACCUGUAUUCCACCUCGGCUGCCCCCAGAGUGGGUCACCACGCUUUUCUUCAUCAUCAUGGGCAUCAUCUCCCUCACAGUCACCUGUGGACUACUCGUGGCAUCACACUGGCGCCGAGAAGCCACCAAAUACGCCCGCUGGAUCGCCUUCACUGGCAUGAUCCUCUUCUGCAUGGCGGCGCUCAUCUUCCCCAUAGGCUUCUAUAUCAACGAGGUGGGAGGCCAGCCGUACAAGCUGCCCAACAACACAGUGGUCGGCUCCUCGUACGUGCUCUUUGUCCUCUCCAUCUUCUUCACCAUAGUGGGACUUUUGUUUGCAGGCAAAGUUUGCCUCCCAGGCUGAGGACUCGACCGUGCCCGCCUCUGGACUGACAUAAGAGGCUCUGAAAAUUUCAUGGGAUUUACAAAAACACACAGUGACUGAAAAUCAAAAACAACAAACUCUGGCCCGAAGCCUGAAACAGGGGAGUCUUUGAUUAUGUGUCAAGGGACCGCAGCACCACGGAGUACCUAACGACUAAAAAAUGAAAACGAACAAAACACUAAGAGGAGGGACACGGGGCACAAGCGGGGGUGAGAGGGAGAGAGGGCAGCCGAGGCUGUCGCAGCACCCUGCCACUGUUGAUUUAAAAUACGGCUGUCUCUGUUGUUGUUCCUUUGUAAAAGGGUGCUUAAUGUGCUGCUGUCAUGGCAACUGCGGCCACAAUGCUGGCGCACAUUUCUUGAGGACCACUGCAGCCACUCCUCAACUUGACCCCCGGCCGCCCGCUGCACCGCCCUCGGCACACAUCUGUGCCGACACGACUGCUCCUGUUGCUAUUUUCGGCUUCUCUUAGCUAUUUCAGUUGUGUGUUAUUCUGUUGUUGUACAUUUUGUGUUUUUUUUUUUUUUUAUUGUUAUUUUCUCCUCCCACCCCCACCAUGCCUCCCCACCCACCAACGCCUUUCCACUGAAGUAGCUUGAGUGUAAUUGAGGUUCACUGAACUGAAUCCUUGAGGGGAACUGGGUGGUUUUCUGCCAGCUUGGCUUUAGAGCAGGGUUUAUUCUUGCCUGUCACUUCACGAGGCCCCAGGUGUGUGGCUGGGGAGAGCAGCUGUGAGCACAGCUGUCUGGGCCAGCUCACGGGCUGCUGUGGACGAGAGGAAGGUGCAGGUGUGCUGUCUCCAACCAGCUGCAGCUCAGGUGCAGGUAGCAGUGAGGGGCGACUUCCCUGUGCAGCAGAACAGGAGGUCAAGUACCAUAAAGGAGAAUGCCACUCAAUGUAAGAAGUUGCAUUAUGUUAUUUAUAUGGACAGCAACAGAGUAUUAGUGAGCUACUUUGCUAAGCUAAACCCAUGACACUGAUACACAUCUUUUGCCAAUAACUAGAAGACUGUGAAUUUAGAGAAUAAUCAUCUGAACAUAAACACACCUCCUGUAUUUGUAGUAAUAGCUCGGUUAAGUACAGCCACAAACAUAGUGGCCUUUUCAAAGUAUUUUUCAAAGGUGUUACAUCACUGUGGUGUUAUAUUUUCGAGGAGUUGUGAUGAACUCAUAUAUCUGUAAUUAUAGCAGACAGUACUGACUUUUUAUAAAUAGAAGUUGAGGUCACAUUAAGGUGUAAAAAUAACAUAUGUGAAUGCUGAAAAUUGGUGGUAUUCUCCUUUAAUGUCGGAUCGGAAGUGAGCGAGCCAGGAGCAAUUUUUGUUUUGUACAACAGUGGAGGCACAGGGACUGCAGGUCAGGUCCAUGCUUGGGGCUGCGCCUCAGUGUGUUGCUCUCGAGUGAAUGUGAAACACACACACACACACACACACACACACACACACACACACACACACUGACAGUCACCACUGUCUCAGUGUAAAUCCAUAUACUGGGGCUUUUCAUUGUUGAAAAUAGUGAAAAUUCGCCUAUUAGAUGUUCAUAGAGCCAAAGGUGAUGUCUUCAAAUUGCUUAUUUUGUUACAAGGCCAGCUUUUAACUUAGAACACCCAGACACAGCGAGGUGCAGAUCAGUGUGACCCUUAAAACCAUGCUUUACUCGGCUCAACAAAACUUUUCAGCUAACUUGCCUCCAUCAAGGUUGUGUCCAAGGUUAAUUUUGGUUUGGGCAUAAUCAUGCUCUGAUCUCAUGAUGAGAUAAAAAAAAAAGAAGCCCUUUUCACCCUUUUAGAUAUCAUCGCCAGACAUUUUGUGCAACUAUCUAUAAAACUCAAUUUCUUCUUCUUCUUACGUCAAAAUCCAAUCAUGUUUUCUUCCUGUAAAUCAAAAUAUGAUGUGGAUUUGAUUUAAAUCCCCCUUGUAACUGUACACUGAUGAAAUAUUCUGUUUCACUGAGAAAUACGUCACAGUACAGAACAUAGAGACGCUCUAACUUCUGUUUCACUGAGACUUUUAAGUUUUAGAACUACAGAUCCCAUAAUAUGGAGAACUGAAGGGAUGUAAACAGGAAGAAGGAGGCAGUGAGUUAUGCUGUGUGUGUUGAAAGGCUAUAUUUGAAAUUGGCACCAUUAAAAGUAUGCCAAAUUAGAUAUUCUUUUUUGCAAUGUCCUUGUAGAUAUACAGACAACUAUCACUGGAUUACUUUAAUACAGAAGAAAACUGAAAACAUGAUUAUUCUCAGGCAAGUUCUGGAGCUGAAAAGAGAGUCGCUGGAGUUUUCUGAUGAUUUCUAAGCUGAUUCAUGGCCGUUUAUUCACAGAUUAAAAGCCUCCGGUCUAUACAAAGCACCAAAUUCUGUAUUUGUUCACCUUAUUUUUCAAACUCAUUAUUCAAAAUAAUGAGUCAAACCUCUUCCAUCUCAGAAAUGAGUUGGGUUUAUUUUACUGGGACCUUAACACAGCCUUCCCUGAACCAAAUUAUAUCCCACAGAUUUACAAUCCAUUAUCAAAAUUGUUGCAGAUUAAUUUUAUUUUUAUCGUCUUCCACAUGUAUGAAAAAAUAACCCACAUAUAAGCUUCUACUUUACAUGUUUACGUGUAACAAUGUGGGGAGCAUACGACCUACUGACACACAGAUCUUCUCUGCAAAGUGCGUGCGUGCGUGUGUGUGUGUGUGUGUGUGUGUGUGUGUGUGUGUGUGUGUUGACUCAAUCACAGAGCUCAGUCGCGAAGUCUUAUAGUUUUUUUUUUUGUUUUGUAUUUCUGUUUCCUGCUCAGCUUUUCUCCCUCUCAGUCUGACGAUGUAUACUGCUAACUCUCCACUCUGCAGUGCCCUCCCUGUCCUGGUUGGUUCAGUAUUGUGCCAUGACCUGUUUUUGUUUAAUAAUGUACAGACACACAAAAGGCAGGAUUUCUGUAUUAGGAAGCACUGUGCAUUCAACAGUAUAGGUAACAGAAAUAGAAGCACCACAAAUGUAUAAAAAAAGAGAACUUCUUACCUCAUUGUUUUUGUUUCUGCUAUUAUUUUCUAAUGGUGGCAAUGUGUGCCCUCUAAUUUGUCUCUUGCCUUGAUCGGAUGUCUUCACAUAAAGCCUAUGAUCAUAGGAAAUUAUUUAUCACUGAAUAAAAAGAGGAAAAAAAUGGGUGUGUGGCUCUGACGCAG